CACGUGGAACACCUGCGGGAGAGCAGGGGCGGGGUCACCCUGGGCGGCAGAUCCGAGAGGGGCCACCCCAGGAAAUGGGGGUCGAGGAAAGACCCCGGGGAACUGGGAGAGAGGGAGACACUCCCCCCAUCCCAGAUUCGCCCCAAAUGAGGUUCUAAUAUAACUUAUCCUCUCAUGCUUUUUCCCUGACCCAUCUCCCCAGAUCAUCAGCAGUAGAAAAAGAAGAAGGAAACAUGUCAGGACACAAAUGCAGUUAUCCCUGGGACUUACAGGAUCGCUAUGCUCAGGAUAAGUCAGUUGUAAAUAAGAUGCAGCAGAAGUACUGGGAAACGAAGCAGGCCUUUAUUAAAGCCACGGGGAAGAAGGAGGAUGAACACGUCGUUGCCUCCGACGCAGACCUGGAUGCCAAGCUGGAGCUGUUUCACUCCAUUCAGAGAACCUGUCUGGACUUGUCUAAAGCAAUUGUACUCUAUCAAAAGAGAAUAUGUUUCUUGUCUCAAGAGGAAAAUGAACUUGGAAAAUUUCUCCGAUCCCAAGGCUUCCAAGAUAAAACCAGAGCAGGAAAAAUGAUGCAAGCGACAGGAAAAGCCCUCUGCUUUUCUUCCCAGCAAAGGUUGGCCUUGCGCAAUCCUUUGUGUCGCUUUCACCAAGAAGUGGAGACUUUUCGGCACCGGGCCAUCUCAGACACUUGGCUGACAGUGAACCGCAUGGAGCAGUGCCGGACUGAAUACAGAGGGGCAUUGCUGUGGAUGAAGGACGUGUCACAGGAGCUUGAUCCAGACCUCUACAAGCAAAUGGAGAAGUUCAGAAAGGUGCAAACACAAGUUCGCCUUGCCAAAAAAAGCUUUGACAAAUUGAAGAUGGACGUGUGUCAAAAAGUGGAUCUCCUUGGAGCAAGCAGAUGCAAUCUCUUGUCGCAUAUGCUAGCAACAUACCAGACCACUCUGCUUCAUUUUUGGGAGAAAACUUCUCACACCAUGGCUGCCAUCCAUGAGAGUUUCAAAGGUUAUCAGCCGUAUGAGUUCACUACGUUAAAGAGCUUACAAGGCCCUAUGAAAAAACUGGUUGAGAAAGAAGAAAGGAAGAGGAUUGCGCAGCAGGAAAGUGCGGAGGCCGCAGGGGAGGAGCCCAGUCAGUUAAUUUCAUUAGAGGAUGAAAACCAGCACAAGGAAUCCUCUAGUUUUAAGACUGAAGAUGGAAAAAGGGUUUUAUCUGCCUUAGACAAAACCUCUACACAUAAUGCAUGCUCAGAUGAACUGUUAGACAUGAAAACCGAGGAAGGUGCUUCCCUGGGCCCAACGGCAGGGACCCUGGAGCAUGAAGGUGCUGACAAAGAUGACCUGCUGCUGUUGAGUGAGAUCUUCAACGCUUCCUCCCUGGAAGAGGGAGAGUUCAGCAAAGAGUGGUCCGCUGUGUUUGGAGAUGGCCGGCUAAAGGAGCCAGCGCCCACUGUGGCCCCAGGAGAGCCAGAUCCCAAGCCCCAGACAGGCUCAGGAUUCCUUCCUUCGCAGCUUUUAGAUCAAAAUAUGAAAGACUUACAGGCCUCGCUGCAAGGCUGGUCAGAGAGCAAUGUCAGUCCCACUUCUCCUCCAUGGCCAGCACCAAAGGCAAGCAGUCCAAAUGACAGCAGCCCUGCACUGAAAGAGCCUGCCAAGGCUGCCUCGGACCUGAAUGCCUGGUUCAGCCUCUUUGCUGACCUCGACCCGUUAUCAAAUCCUGACGCUGUUGGGAAAACCGAUAAAGAACAUGAAUUGCUCAAUGCAUGAGUCUGCGCCUCCAGGAGGGAGCCCACAAGCAGCGACUUCUCCUCCACACACCACAGGGCUAGCAGACAUAGGAAGCGAUCAGUAUGCUGUUUUAAUAUUUCUGUGCCAUUUUAAUAAAAUGAAAGGGUCCAAGGCCCUGUUUAUAUUGGUAUAA